AUGGACACGGAAAACCAGAGCAGAUCAUCACUCACUCUCCCAAACCCAGAAGAGCCCUCCAGUGUGCCUGAAAUUGAACCCUCAGAAGUGUCUUUCCGUGGAAAACCUCUGCCAGAGAGGCCCACCUCAUCCCCACGACCACAGACAUGGCUGACGUUUUUGAAGAAAGAGCUGCAGUUCCUGGGGGUAACCCAGAUUUUCAUUGGUCUGAUAUGCCUUUGUUUUGGAACAAUUGUCUGCUCUGUACUUGAUAUUUCAGACUUUGAGGAAGAGAUAUUUUCGUCAUUUACAGCAGGCUACCCAUUCUGGGGAGCAUUAUCGUUUGGUAUUUCUGGAUUUUUAUCAAUUAUAUCUGAAAAGAAGAAUGGAAUGUAUCUGGUAAGAGGAAGCCUUGGAGCAAACACUGUCAGCAGCAUAGCUGCGGGAGCAGGAAUUAUCAUCCUGAUCCUCAAUCUAAGUUACAGCUCUGCUUACAUCAACCAAUGUGAGGAUGUCAGUGAGGACGACAGCUGCUUUGUGGCUUCUUUUACCAUUGAAAUUGUGACAAUGAUGCUGUUUCUCACCAUUCUGGCAUUUUGCAAUGCUGUGUCACUUACAGUCUAUGGGAUUGGAGAAGAACUCAAAGGAAAUAAGAUUCCAGAUGAUUGUCUUUAUGAAGAAUUAAACAUCUAUUCACCCAUUUACAGUGAGUUGGAAGACAAAGGGGAAACGCCUUCUCCUGUUGAUUCAUGA